AUGUUAAUCAAUUCUAUCAAACGAUUUGUUGUUCAACCACCUUCAAUUUGGACUGUUUUUCAAAUCAACAAACAAAAUUCGCUCAUAACAUCGUCAUCAACUAAACUAACUUCAAGUUAUUAUCAUCAUGUAUCAUCACUUCCAUUUAUUUAUAAAACAUUAGGUGAAAAUUUUGAUGAAACCGCAAACAAACAUCCUAACGAUGAAUGUUAUGUCUUUAAAAAUGAAGUUGAUAGUUUAGCUGCUUCACUUCUUGAAUUAGGUUUUGAAAAAAAUGAUUGA